AGCGUUGUGUCGGCGUCGCCACAGUCCUCGUUCGACACGCGCCCCCAUACGAACCAGGAUAUCACGUACAUCGAGUCCGACGUUGGGGGUAAGUUUCACGUAAACUUUCGGCAGUGAUUUCAAAACUCAAUUAGUGGGAAAUGUUAUUUUUCUUGUGAAGACAGAAGUGACCUGCUUGUGAAGUUUGAUUUUAAUUUAACUUCUUAUGUUGUUUUUUUUUUUUUUAAAAGGUCUAACAGGUAUACCCACUUAAAUGGAUCUUGAAUUUUUACUGGAAAUUGCUUUGGCACAAGCAGCAGCAGUGGCAUUCCGUUUAUUUCGGUAAUUGAAAAUCUUCACAAUGAGUUUCAUCACAGGCGAUUAGUGGAAGCUUUCACGGGGAAACUGUUGAACAGGGGUGCGCCAGCCACAUCACGUACUCAUCUACUGAUAUGUAUUAUAUUGCCCUGAAAAAAAGCUGGAGGAAAACGGUUUGUCUAAAACACCGAAAAUGCCCCGGAAUUUAGAAGCAAAAUAUGAAGAAACUAGCCGGCGUCUCCGCGUUUCCGUUAUUUUUGUUGCUUUUUCAGUUUCUGAAUGCUGUAGCGAUUACAGGUGGUCAGAUUCCUGGUUUAGAAAUAAUCAUGCCCCCAUCUCAUAUAGCUCUUAGUGGUGAUUACCAUAUCAGAAUAGUAUCAUCAUCAUUCCUACCUCUAGUGGUCCAAGUGUCUCGGUUAGAAGGCAAUAUCGUGCAAUCUUUAACUACGUUUCCAGUUUAUCCUGAAGCGAGUGCUUUAAAUAAAAAUCUCACUUUGGUCAAAGUACAGUGUGGAUAUUUUUCUAAAGGCGGACAAUAUUAUGUACAGAUUAAGAAACAACCAAUUAUAGGUGUAAAUUCCACUGAAUCGACAGAUUCGGAAACCAUCACAAAAGUAAUAGAUGUCCGAUGGCCUAUGCCGCAACUAACUGUAACUCCUGAAAAUUUAAAAACCUAUCCAGAAAAUCCAGUUACGUCGAUUUUAACAUUUCCUGACGUGGAAUGUUUGCCUGUAAAGGGUACGCCACCUUCAGCUUUACCAGAAUUUUGGUUGGAAUUGCAUUAUUGUGGGCAUUCGUUGCUAAAUUGCGGUGAUGGGACGAGUUUUGAACAGAAUACUAACAAAUCAAACCAUCAAAUUCUUUAUUCAGAACAAGUGAGGGGUUUGCCAGGAAGAAGUGUAUUUCCUCUAAGAUGUGAAUUAUUUGGUCUAUCAGGUCACUAUUCAAUAUUUUUGAAACCAACCAGUUCAGAUCCUGCCAUUCCUAGAACAUCAGCAUACGUCAAAGUCGAUUGGAGUGAUCAAUUCGUCUUCAAUGUCCACGCUCAUUCAAUAUUCCCUUGUGAUACGCAUAGUGGCGGUGUAACAGUACUGUUCCAGUAUCCAUCGUGUAUACUAAAUUCUGGCGAUAAAGUACGGUUGUUCGCUAGAUUGAGAGCAAAUGUGGCAUCACUUGCGCCACCUACAACGUUGGAAUAUAUUUCAGAGCAGAAGGUUGUUAGAGGCCACCAUAGCUUACAUUUCGACUGUGACCUAUUUACCGAGAGAUAUGUGGAAUAUUGUUUUGUGUAUGUGAGUCAAAGCAUAUCAGGAGCGGUAGCUGAUGUCAGAGAGGACUGCGUGCCCACGCUUCCUGUAUCAGAUCAAGAACGUGGAGGAUGGAGUCCCUGGAGCGAAUGGACACCAUGUUCGAGUACUUGCAUUGGUGGUAUUCGGAGUCGUUACCGACUCUGCGAUUCUCCACCUCCUAGAUAUGGAGCUAAAUUUUGUGAGGGCCUUUCUGUAGAAACAGAAAAAUGUGGAGUGGGCUUAGGAUCAAGUUGGGAAUGCAUCUAUGGAGGUGCCAUUUCAGGAAGUAACAUAAUACCCGCAGAAAUGCCGGAAAUCCAAGCCGAAGUUGGACCCUAUUGCCGAUGUGGAUGCGUUGUACAUUUGGGCCAAGCCAAACCAAAACGACUCUUAGCUACUUCCAGUCAGAGUUGUCCUGGUAGGACAUUUUGGUUGAUUCAGGCUGACGAAGAUUGCAUAAUCCAAUUCAGAGUCGAACAGUUCAACUUACCAUGCGGCAAUCAAUGGUUGAAAAUCAGGGAUGGAAGUUCCUUAUCUUCAGCAUUAUUAAACGAUUUAGUGGGACAGCCUGGAACAAUACCGUCCGUUGUAAAUUCUACAGGACCAAAUUUAUUACUGGAAUUUUACUCGGAUGAAUUGGCCAUGGGCAGUCAGAUAUGCGACGGAGGAUUUUUAGCUGAAGCCAGUCAGAUAAAGCUAAUAAAACUAAACAUAACGGAAGUGCUAGUCGCCCAUAGCGUCGCUUCCGCAAUCCCAGUGGCCGUUUUAAAGUUAACGGCCGUACACAUUGCCGCUAUAUUUUUCCUUAGCGGCUUGAUUAUUGCCACCGCUCUUCUGGGACUUCAGUAUCUAUUCCGGUACAGGAAAUACCAAGUAGCGCAGUUCGAGGAUCAAGAUUCGCUAGCAGCCUCGAGCACGAGUAUUCCGAUGGCAGCCAGAACCCAGUCGAAUUCCACUCUUUUGUCAGAAGUAAUAUCUCUGACACGGAUGCGGCCGUUAAACAUCAAAGUUCGAAAAAACAAGCAUAGGCGAUUGCGAGAAUCGAUGGAUUGUGACCGGGAUACUGAGGAAGAGGUUGCUUUGGCAAAAGAAGAAGACUCACCAACAGGCAGUACAGCAACACUUACAGCCCAGAACGAGACCACAGUCACAACGUUGCCAACUUUAGCAAAUCCUGAAUCCGAUGAAAUUACUCCAGAUAGUAGUUUGCCAACUUCACCUAGAGGUGAAUGGAGACUUGUUAGAAGAUCGUCAACUCUUAGUGAAAAAGAUAGAUCAAACGAAAAAGAUUUGAAAUCACCAAAAGAAAUGGAUAUGGUUAGGAGAGUUAGCAACGUUACUCUGACAAACGUGAGCGAUGAAGAAAUGUGCUCUAAAAGCGAUCCGGGCUGUUACUCUUCAAUAGCAAGUAUGGUUAGUACGGCCACUAUAAGGAGUACCAACGCAAAAGCUACAAAAGACAAAAGAAACAGAGAAAAACUACUAGCAGGCCAUGGAGGAUCUGAGUUUUCUAUUGCAGGCCAUGAUAAUGAUUUAGAAAUUGAUUAUUACGAUUAUAAUGUUGUGAAUGCUGGAGCGGCUCCUGGAUCAUACCUUGGAAUGGAUCCAGCAUUUUUAGUAUGGAUACCACCUUUGGACGAGUCGGGUGAAAUUCUGCCCCAAGAUGAAGCUUCUGAAUGUCACGAAAUGGCAGAUAUCAGACCAAAAGUUUAUAUAAACCCGGGAAGUAAUAAAGAAUCGCCAGAAGAUGAAAUUUUGCCAGUCAAAUGUCGGCGAAGAUCAGUGAGUGAAAGUACCAUAGCUUCACCACAAGUUUCAAAAAAAAAGAUGAAAAGAGUUUAUCCAUUGGUGCACGGAGAAAAUUCUUCUAAAGUUAUGGACAACAAGUACCUGGACAGAGCCGAAAAAUUGGACAAGAAAAAAGUUAAAAUUCAAAUGCACGAGUUUCCAAGAAAACUUCGACCUUUUCCGCCGCAGGAAAUAGAAAAAGAAACAAAAGUGGAAAAGUCUCCGAGUGUAAAUAGUAGCGUUUUAGAUGACAUACGUUUUGCUGAUGAUGACGAAGAAUUGGAUUUUAGCGAAAUGCAACCGACUAUUGAUAGCAGAACAUAGAACAUAAGUUUUAUUUUAAUAAUUACCUAUCCUAAAUACUUAUCAAUUUUAUCAUAAAACUAUAGAUUUUAAAAGCUUCAUAUCCUAAUACAGAGUCUUUUGGAACUAAAAAAAAACAAUAAUACCUAAUUAUUGAGAACUCAUCAUAUGUUUAAGUACAGUAGCUACAUGGAUUAGGAAAAUUAAUAUUCCUUUAAUCAGAUUCAAUAUUUUUCAAAUAAUUCCUGAAUCCACUUUAAUUUGUACUUACAUAAAUACAUAUUAUCAGAUUUAACAGAGAUUUUGCAAUUAUUGCAUAUCUUUUCGAUGCCUAUAUCACUAUCACUAACUAAUACAUGGUUAGAAAUUCAAAUUAGGUAAUUAUUUUGCUUUGGUCGACAUAAUAAUUAUGCACCUUUUAUACCUAGUCUUGUAGAUACAAAAAAUUGUAUUUAAAUGUCUUAAUCUAAGCUCAGUAAACCCGUAAAACGUAGUUUUUGUGCAAUAUAUACGCAAAAUGUAAGGGUAUUAAUAAAAGACUUAGCGUAGAAAAUCAAAAAAGAAAAUCCUAACUAAAAAAAAAAUAUUGUAAAUUAUUAUAUUGAUGUUGAAUAUGUAUUAUGUAAUGAUCAAAAUUUAUUUCUCAGGUUUUGAAAGUUUUUACUGAAAAAAAAAUGUGUAUAAAAGGAGACUGAAUGAUGAUUGGUAGUGUAGUAAUAUUAAAAUUAUUUGAAAGUCGGAACUAUUAAAAUUAAUAAUUUUCUAAAAAUUAUAGGUAUAAGUGAGCUGAUAAAAGAACUAAGCAUUUUGACUUUUGUGAUUUUUUUUCUAGUCAUUUCCUUUCUUCUAUUUAUUUAAUUUUCUAUUUCCUUCUGCUACUCUCACUAAAUAGUAGGAAGGAAGCAAUCUGUAUUUCAUGAACAAUUCAGUUGAUUGAAACUUAGCACUGUAGAGCGCUUUCGGCUUUCGCCAUCAUCAGUUCUACUUAUGUCAGGCUCCGACACAGAAGUUGAAAUUGUAAAAGGAUAACGACGACGAGGUAUUUUUUUUUUGUCCUCGUUAUCGUUGCCCUUUUACAGUUUUGACUUUUGUGUCGGAACCUGGCAAGCGCUCUACUAAGCUAAGUUUCAAUAAAUUGGUACAUGGAAUACAAAAUUGUUUUCUUCAUACUAUUCUAAACAAAUGGUAUUAUCAAAAAACACAGUGGCGAAAGAUCGAAUCUUGCUUCCUUGACACGAUGGCGUUUUGGAGGAAAAAAGAAACGAUUUCAAUAUAGCAAACUUUCUCCUUUUUGUUCAAGAAAUUCAAUAAACUACCUAUAUUUAUUUGAAAACACCCAUUAUCUAUGUGUUGUUAUAUUUUUAUAUUAUUUUAGUUCCAUUGUUGGAAUUGAUUAAAUUGAAUAGGGUUUUUAUAAGCGAAAGCCAAAAAUAGAAAAUCCAAAAAACAUAUAUUUUAUAAAAUGCGGCUGUUAGGUAUUCUCUAAUUUAGCUUAUCUUUUGUACAAAACCUUUGUUGUUGCUAGUGUUUAAAUAAUAAGAAAAUUGGAAUAAGUUAUUACAUGCAUUCUGUGUACUAAUACUAAAAUAAAUCUAAACAUUUAAC